GGAGAGAGAACAGAAAUCAUAAGAUAUCACAUUGAUUCGAAAUCGAUCGAACAUUCGUGACGAACAGACAAGGCGAUCUUUCAGCCUUUCAGCCUCCAGGCGGCUGCGGCAAAAAAACAAAAAGAAAAAAAAAGAGGCUCUCUCCGCCUUCUCUGCCUAUUCCGGAGCUAAUGGAAGAGAGGCCCAGGGCAAACUUCCAGUGACCUCAACACCCUCGUCAUUCCCCCUCCCAUUGACCCAUUCUUGGCCGACAAUCCAUGAGCCAGUUGCUAUCGCACAUAUCUCUGUCCUCCCUGGGCGAGACGUGUGCUUCCUACAUCGACCACGUCGCCACCAAUCUGUCUCCUUCGCUCCAGACUUUACACCAUCAACUCACCACCACUCUUUCGUCAGCUCAAGCCUCGUCUCCCUUGCGUUUUCUCACGCCUUGGCCGGAGCCGAACCCGGAUCACGCCGCCAGCGAUUAUACCGCCCCGAUUACCUACACUCUUCUCGCGUGUGCGAUCGCAAUCAUCGUCAUGUCUUCCUGGCGCAGUCCCUUCACCUUCUGGCGCCGUUCUCCCAACUACACCAACGUUCAAAACCCUCCCCAUGUAACCGACAACGAUUUCAGCUACAUCACGACGGACGAGAUCGUCAAUCCGCUCAGACAGCCACAGUAUGGACACCAGCACCCCGGUGCCGAUGAUGCUGAGCCCGACACCAUCCUUUUGAAACACCGCAAGAACACCUACGACCUGCACUUCCCUGCUUACUCCAUCAAUGAGGGCGCCCUCAGUGUGGGUCAGCUGAGACAACGGGCUGCAGAGGUGACGCAGACGCCUGACCCGAAGCGGAUCCGACUACUGUACAAAGGAAAACUGUUGGACGACGAUUCAUUGCCCUGCCGGGCGGAGGGACUCAAGCAGCAGUCAGAGGUCUUGUGCGUGGUCUCGGAGGUGCAGCCCGGGGAGAGCUCGCCAAGUGAGACGUCCGAGGCGGAGGUUGAACUUCCUCCGCGCCAGGACGAACCCCCUCGCAAGCGAUCGGGCAAGAACAAAAAGCGCGGGAAGAAGGGCAAGAAGCCGGGCCCUGGUGGCGCAGCAGUCGACCCGGCCACUCUACCACCCCCGGCGCAAGCGGCGCGACCAUCCCCCUCGCCCGGCCGUUCAGCCAUGCCCUCACCCGCACCUAGCCUCAACUCCUUCCGCACCCCGCUGGAUCAAGCCAACGGCCUCUUGUCGUAUCUUCAUCGGGAAUUGCUCCCUCUCUGUGAAGAGUACUUUGCCAAUCCCCCGACCGAUCCGAAAGCACGCGAUUUCGAGCAUAAGAAGCUCAGCGAAACAAUCCUCGCCCAGGUCAUCCUGAAGGCAGACGGGAUUGAGAUCACGAAUGACGAGGACCGUGCUGCUCGUCGCGCGUUGGUCAAGGAGGCACAGGGCUUACUGGCCAAGCUUGACCAGGCACUGAAUAACUAAGUACCCUGGCAUUUUAUGUACAUGACCCCUUUUUUUAUCAUAUCUCACGGAAAGACCAUAAUACUACUCUUGCUGCAUGGAAAGAAGCUUUGAACCUAUUUUUUUCUAUUCCCCUCUAGCAUUUGUUUGAUUGCUUUUUUGUUUAUUGGCUGUGAUUUACACUUCGUUUACUCCAGCUCUGGCUUUGGGAUCGGUUCCUUUCUCUGUUGCUUGCUGAGCACCGAGCUUGGGUACAUUGCUUCAAUGCAUAUACAAAUGUCACCUGUGGAUAGGAUUCUGCACGGUUCUGGCGUCGGAGGUUGUCUAGGGUGGGGAACUACCCGAUAGGAUUCUUGUCACUUAAUCCUGCUAUUGUUCUUAUUAUGGAUACUCCCAGUGAACAGUGCCACGUGCACCUAGCUUAAUCUUCGAAUUCCGCGGCGGACGAAGCAAGAGAUGGGACUGAGACGGUCGUAUAUCGAAUGUUUCGGAGACGGAAGGCUGGGAC